AAAGAUUAGGACCAAUUUAAAAUAUCCCAGCUUUAAACGGCGAUUUAAACCUUAUGAACCUUUGGCUUGAACAAACCUAGCUUAAACCCUAUGAACCCUCCCUGAAACUCCCACUAAAACCCACCCAGAGUCGGAGACCGUCAACAUUUCAGCAAAGCUUCCUCAAUUCAGGGCUUGUAGAAACCAGAGAGAGAUUUAGAAAUGGGGUUAGGGUCAAAAGGGUUGGUUAAGAAGGGGAUGAUGGGGUUGGGAGAGAUGGGUUUCAACACCGGAGGCGGAGCCAUCAAUUGGUUCCCAGGCCACAUGGCUGCUGCCACACGGGCCAUCCGCGAUCGCCUCAAGCUCGCCGACUUCGUUAUCGAGGUCCGCGACGCUCGGAUUCCACUGUCCUCUGCCAACCAAGACCUCCAGCCCCAACUCCGCGCCAAACGCUCCCUCAUUGUCCUCAACAAGAAGGACCUCGCCAAUACAAAUAUCAUGCAAAAAUGGACUCGGUUUUUCGAAUCGUCCAAGCAAGAUUGCCUUCCUAUAAAUGCACAUAGCAGGAGUUCUGUUUCCAAGCUUCUCGAGCUGGUGGAGUAUAAGCUGAAGGAAGCGAUUUCGAGGGAACCUACUCUGCUUGUUAUGGUGGUUGGUGUUCCUAAUGUUGGGAAAUCAGCUCUAAUCAAUAAUAUUCAUCGGAUUGCAUCAUCUCGCUUUCCCGUUCAGGGGAAGAUGAAGCGCGCUACCGUGGGUCCGUUGCCUGGCGUUACUCAGGACAUUGCCGGAUUCAAGAUUGCUCAUCAGCCUAGCAUAUAUGUUCUUGACACUCCAGGUGUUUUGGUUCCAAGUAUCCCUGACAUCGAGACGGGGUUAAAGCUAGCUCUUGCAGGAUCUAUUAAGGACUCAGUGGUAGGAGAGGAUCGAAUUGCCCAAUACUUACUUGCAGUUCUAAAUUCACGAGGGACACCUUUUCACUGGAAGAACUCAAAUAAUAGGAGAAUGGAAGGGAUUCAAUAUGAAGCCGAGGGAAAAUUUGAUUACAGCCUUAAGAACCUUCGACCUAAUAGAAGGAAGGUGCCAAAUAAGUCCGAUGUGCUGUACAUUGAGGAUAUGGUAACUGAAGUGCAACGUGCACUAUAUUCGACUCUGUCAGAAUUCAAUGGCAACCCAGAAGAUGAGAGCGACUUGGAGAUACUUAUUGAGCAGCAGUUUGAAGCACUGCAAACGGCCUUAAAGAUACCUAAUAAGGGGUCUGAAGCGCGUUUGAUGGUAUCAAAGAAAUUUCUUACAUUAUUUAGGUCAGGCAAGUUGGGUACUUUCAUCCUCGAUGAUGUCCCCGAUGAUAAUCCGCCUUCAUGAAACAUCUUAUUUUACAAUGACGGCCCUCAUAGUUUUAUUUCUCUUUUUUAACUCUUCACAGAUACACUUGUACAUGUGAUCCCUUUUACCCAGAGACUUCUUUCUGCUGUAGUAUAACAUGUAUUAUACUGAGUUACCUGUAUCAGUGAUCUCUCAAUUUUAUUCUGUUGUAUUGACAAGACUUGUUCA